UCAUCUUAAACAUGGCGAUGCUCGAUCAAUGAAACUGGAGUAAUUCGUAGUAAAUUAAAAAACGGAGUUGUGCAGGUGAAUUUCGUGAAGUGUUUUUUGUAAAUGGACCAUGGGCAAGGAUCAGGAGCUGCUGGAAGCAGCCAGGAGCGGCAACGUGACGGUGGUCGAGAAAAUUCUGGGUCAACGUGCGAGGAGGAGUGGUCCCUUGGCAAGUUUAAGGCGGGGACCUGGAGCUAACGUGCAAGAUGCAAGUGGUUAUACCGCACUUCAUCAUGCAGCCCUAAAUGGGCACAGGGAAGUGGUAAAAUUGUUACUGCAAUAUGAAGCUUCGCCGAACGUUGUAGACGCAAAAGGUUCAUCGCCACUUCACUUAGCGGCUUGGGCAGGUGACGCUGAAAUCGUGAGACUAAUUUUGAGCCAGGGUCCUUCCGUACCCAAAGUCAACCUCGCGACAAAGGAUAACGAAACAGCUUUGCAUUGUGCUGCACAAUAUGGGCACACGGAAGUGGUGUCACAGCUGCUGCAUUACGGAUGUGACCCCAGCAUCCGAAACAGCCGCGGGGAAUCUGCCCUCGACCUGGCCGCACAGUAUGGAAGAUUGGAGACGGUCGAGUUAUUGGUUCGAACGCACCCCGAGCUUAUUUCGUCCUUGAGGAGUUCCUCUUCAUCUUUGAUUUUCCCUCACACUCCACUCCACUUGGCUUCUCGAAAUGGCCAUAGAGCUGUUGUUGAGGUUCUCCUGGCGGCGGGGGUGUACGUCAACACCAGAACUUCCGCCGGUACAGCCAUGCAUGAAGCUGCCCUCUGCGGAAAAAUGGAAGUCGUACGAACGCUUUUGGAUCGAGGGGUGGAUCUUGGUAUUAGAGAUUCUCGACAAAACACAGUUUUGGAUCUACUAGGUCAAUUUCCACCACAUGUUACACAGGACAUCACGUCUGUAAUAAAAAGACAUCGUUCUUCAUCGGGGGUGGAAAGCGAUGCUGACAGCGAGAACUUGCCGCCAAUUCCGGUCCAGGGUGGCGAUUCACUAGGCAGCCCUUACGAAAAUGUUCGACCGGGAGACGAUAUCUCUCCAGUUGAAGGGACGUCGCCCACUCAAUGGCAAUUUUUCGACAAGCCUCGAAACGAUGAUCGUCGAGUUUCCGGUACUUCCGCCGCCUCUUUCGAAGACGAGCAAUUCGGGGAUUCCACGGACGGAGCAAGGAAAUACCUCCAGAUGACAGAGGACUCCGACCCCAGCUCCGUCUUCGACAGUGUCUUUAUGUCUAUGUCCGACACUCUGAACUCUAUUAACACCCUUCCAAGUUCUGAUCAAACACCCGAAGACAGACCAUUAAACUUUACCAUCAUUACAACACCAUCAUGCGACACUAUACGGGGUUCUGACAGCGGCCUAUAUCAAACGCCACCCAUUCUACGAGGAACGAUGGAGGGUAGCUUCGCAUCGGAGGAUCUGUCCUUGACAUUGCCGCCAGGAUACGGGGGUGGUCGGGAGUCAGAUCAAUUGAGCGUCUCCUCAUCGUCAAGCGUCGGUGGACCGAGCCCACGAGAUCGACGUUGUUUGCCGAGCGAUUCCAAUGCUUCAGGGAUUUACUUGCCGAUGGCACCCCUGUCCAGCUCAUCGCACAGUCCCGCCUCCAACAGUAAAGUCUCGCCAACACCUCCAAAGAAACCUCCACGUAGGAACCUCUCUGUGUCACCAACACACUUGCAGACUCAGAUGUCACUCUCAGCUGACUGCAGCUUAGGACAAAGCAACUAUGAGUACUUGUUCCUGGCCCGGAGUGGUGCCCGAAGUCAUAUUGACCUUGAGCAGCUUCAGGCACGUCGAGAGCAGUUGAGACAUGUGACAAGGAGCGUAGACCAAUAUGUCGACAUGAAAGCACGUCUGGACCUCCAGCAAUUGGAAUCCGGCGUAGAGCCGGUCGCCAUCACUUCGAUUGUUGAAAACCGACCAAUUAAGAUGCAGAAUCCUAGGAGGAAGCUGCGGCGACAUUGCGAACGCGCUUACGAGAAUUACGACAUGGAUAGCAGCCCAACCAACACCGACAAAUCACCCUGCAGCGAAAAUGGGACACCCCAGGAGCGGAUUUUUGUCUCGAAUGCUUUUCUAACACUGAAGUCUUCCCAGGAGAGUUUGCUUGACGACAAGCGAGACGGAAACGAAGUGCCGUUGCAGGAAGGUCGUGAAGUGACUGAUAAGAGACUGAAACGUGUACAAAUGAUGAUACCGACCAGUCCGACUCAUUACGUCCAGCCACCCACUCCUGAUCAUCCGCCACCCUCCGCUUUGCAUGCGGAGAAGUCCAUUCAUGAGAGAAUUCUUCCCUUGAGUCAGGUUUAUAAACGGCGAUCGCGUGAUAUGGAAACAGAAACGGACGAUGACCUGCUGCAGUUCCCGGCUGGAGUUUCUCUGGAUGCGUCCAGCGGUUCCUUGUCAAGUGUCUCCCUCUCGGAGAAAAGCAUGCCAACUGACAAUGUUGAAGAAUUCUUCGGCGACGUACCAUUCGCAGGUAAACAGCAACAAACGCUUGGCUGCACCGCAUGACGCUUUCUGCCUUCGUGUUCGUGCAUUUUCGUUGUUUUUCGACUCUGUUGGCGACCAUUUUCAUAGAGUUAUAUUUUCAGUUUUUUAUCACUCACCCUUACGCAUGUUCAUUGAACAUUUCAGAUUAAUUAUGGAUAUUAGGCUUACAAGUCCGAAUUCCAACAAUCAGUAAGCGUUUUAGUUUAUUCAUAGAAAAUUGUCUAAACAAAUCUCUUCCACGAUUUUAUCUUGAGGCUAUUUUGUGAUUAAUUAUUUUACCAAGAUAUUACUAUAAAAUACAAUAUCUUGUCCCUCUAAUGUGAUACGUUAAAAAGUAUUUUUUUCUUGUAUAAAUAACGAACACCCAGGGUAAAUGCAAUUUGGUGCCAAUUUUUGAAUAGGAAUUUGAUGCAUGUUCAACAAGAUUUUAUCACUUUUUAAUCAAGCACUUUUUAUUCCUGCUAAUGAAUUCAGUUAUUUCUAUUUGUUUAGAAAUAAAUUAGCAUUUUAUUCUAGCUAAAAAAAUUAGAAAGUAAACUAAUUUGUGUAUAAAUGAAAAUUCAAAUACUUCUUCAGCGAGGGAAUUCGGGGUUCUAUAAAAUUAAGAUGUCAGUGAGGACUUAAUCGCGCGUUUGGGUUUGCCCGUUUAUUUACCGUCGAAAGGCGCGGAAAAUCCGGCCAAUGAGGCAAAAGCCGCGAAUUCGACAUUCUAGCUUCCUUCUUCGGAAGUGAAGCGCGAAACGUGCCGCGCAAGCACAAACUUAUUUCCGCCCUGUCGGUUUUCUGUGGGAUUAUUAUUCCCCAAUCGUCUCCUUCCUUUCGUUGCUCGGCUAAAUAUUUCAAAUUUUCUAAAAAUUGACAGAAAUAGGCAUCAUUUACUAAUAACAAUAAGUAAUCAGAUUCCAUAUUUCCAGACGAAAAAUUUAAAAUAAGUGGUACAUAAAUGGUACCUCUUGACUAUUUUCAUUCUUGUAUAAGAUGUGUGUACUUUUAAGUCAUUUAAAGCACCUUACUACGUAGAAAUGUUUAUGUUCAUUACUACAAAAUUGUAGAAGUAUCUUCAUUCACAAAAUUGUUUAUUUUAUCCAACUUUCUGAAAAACGCGAUUUGAGGGAAGUAAAUGGAGCGGGGUACAUAAACGGAUCACCGAGUCAAAAGAAAGGAACAACUGAAAAUUACAUUUAUAAGCAAAAUUUGCAAUCAUUAUAUUGUUCAUUGUAGGCAACAGAAUUCAUACAAGAGUAUGAAUCUCAUGUAGACGGUCGUAUUACCAGAGAUGAGGUAUUACUGCUAAGCCUACAAAUUGCAUAUGGCAACACAUAGAUGGAGCUCCUAGUUUUUUUCCAAUGACUGGGGUUCCGUUUUUGUAACUCGGUUUGUUUAUGUCCCACUUACUCUACUUCUCUAGUCCUUCCAAUUUUAACGUCCGAGGAAAUUAUUAAAUAGGAAUAAUAUAUUAUCGACUUAAGCAGAGAGGAAUAAUAGUACGGUUUGAUUUCACCAAUAGUUUUAUUAUGUUAUUUUAUUGACUUCAAUGUUGAGCUACUUCCCAAUCUCUCUCUCUCUCUCUCUCUCUCUAUUUCGUAGACUCGAUCCGAAUUUUGAGUAAUUAACUCAUUCGAAGUAUUUGAUGGACUGCCGUGAGACGACGAAAUCGCUUCGCGGAGCCGGCCAAAAAUGCUUAGCUUGCAUCUGUUCCGAUGUUAAGCGGGAACAAAAAAACAAGUUUUUAUAUUCUUGUAAAGCUCUCAGGCAUAUUUAAGCAUUAUAAGAGUCAAAGUUUCGCUACUUCGCCAGAUUUUUAACGUUAUUCUUACUGUAAAAUCCUUUUUUAUGCCACAACGUACCAAUUUUUAUCAAAUUUGAAGCACUGUUUGUAGCGCAAUUCGGCACCUCCAUGCUAACCUUUCCAAUCUGGGUUUAACAGUUAAGCUUUCCAAUCUCGUUUUGUGUUGGCACUUACGCCGCUGCGUGUACGUAGCGCUGGAAGCGAGCAAAAAACGAAAUUGAAAAGGUUAGAGUCACUACCAACUGCCAAACCUAAAUUCGACGAAUUUAUGGAAAUAUCUACUUUUUCUCCUAAAUCAUAUACGGUAGCUCAAGAAGAUGUUCAGGUGUUGGCAUUCAUUUUAUAAACAAAAUUGUACCUCACACCAUGAAAAGUAACAUUUGGGCUUACGUCGACAGUCAUUCUCAGGCAGCAUACAAAAAACUAGAGAUGACAUAAAAAAAGUUUGAUGUUGGGGAAAGAAGUAACAAAGAAGUAGCAAAUAAGUAAAACGGUGCAAAUCGCUGAUUGAGAAGUCUUGGAUAGAUGAGAGAAAAGAUGUUAAAAUAUACCAAUAUCGAGUGCCCAGUAAAACCAUUUUAGUUAUAGACUUGAUGACUCCUUCUGCAUGAUUGACAUAAAUAAAAAGCUCCUGUUGCAACUGCUUUUUCUCUUAUUAUGUAUAGGCAUCCCCAGGGCUAAAUGCAGAUGGAAAAAGUUUUAAUAUAACAAUAUUUUUGUUGGCCAUAAAGUUUUAUUUAAUUAAAAUCACCAACUUGAUAACUAACAAUUAUCUCAAAUUUCAUUAGAAUGUUUUAGAUCCCUUGAUAUUUCAGUUUUGCAGGAAAUACAAAUUUAUUGAAUUAAAUAAAAUAUUAAUAGACUCAAUUUCUUGUAUGUGAUUUACACAUCUUUGACACUCCUUUGGUUCUGAACAAUCAUUGUAUGUUUUUUAUUGUAUAGGAGUAAGGUAAUUUAUGAUUUUCGAUUGAAUAACUGUUUUUGAUCAACUUGUCAUGGAUAUUGGUAAAAGUAUUUAUGAUUGCUAGCUUUCGCCUAACGACAUCGAUGCUCAUCAAGUGUCAUGAGUACACGCUAAAAAGUUAAUGACUUCCUUUGUGUGCGUGAUUAAAUUCAAUAAUCAUUGGCUAAUAAUCCUCUCUCCUGUGUCAAGCCGCGUUCGGCGCAGUAGCAGUGAUCCCAACUUUGACAUGUUUAGCUACUGCGCUUGGCCGGUGAAACGAUCCACAUUGGUUGCUAUUGGCGUGCAAUUCAUACCAAAGAGAAUUAACAAUUAUUAAGAUAAAAAUAUAUACCUAUUAUAAAUUGCACAUUAAUAUAUGAAAUUACGUAAAUUGUGAUUUAAGUUGAGAGCAAGAUAAUAACUCGUACAUUUUUUAUAAUUGUGGGUCCGGAU